UUCGCUUUUCGAAUCUCCGAUGGUUGAACGUAAUAAUUGUACUGAAACGGAUACUUUUUCAAGCAUGCUAAAAAACUAUACAUCGGAUAUCACAAAUUCAUACAGUUAUGUUGAUGGAGAUCAAAACUCAAAUUUUAAUACAAAUAGUUUGGAGUCUAAUAAUGAAUUUCCCGGGUUAUAUGACCUUAUGACCAAUGAAAUCCCGGGGUUUGGUAUUGAUGACAACAAUGACAU